CAACAUUCGUUGGACGUUCUGGAAUUUACAUUCGGGAAAGUGUUGAAGCUACUCUACGAUCGAGCGUGCGAUCAUGUGCCGGUGCAUCGAUGUCAUUUAGCGCUAUUUCUAAUUAAGUCGAAUUGAGUCUAAUCUAAUUUAUUCUCUCUGUUAUUCGCAGCAAAUAUUCGAAUCUAAACAGCGACGACAAAUUGCUGAUUCUGGUUUACAAAGAUGCCAGACAUAAAAGUUACACCACUGGGUGCUGGACAAGAUGUUGGACGUAGUUGCAUUCUUGUCUCAAUGGGUGGUAAAAAUAUCAUGCUGGAUUGUGGGAUGCAUAUGGGGUAUAACGACGAGAGACGUUUCCCUGACUUUUCAUAUGUAGUGUCGGAAGGGCCAGCAACCAAUUACAUCGAUUGUGUCAUUAUUUCCCAUUUUCAUCUUGAUCACUGUGGUGCUCUUCCCUAUUUCACAGAAAUGGUAGGUUAUACUGGACCAAUUUAUAUGACGCAUCCAACUAAAGCUAUCGCGCCAAUUUUGCUGGAGGACAUGAGGAAAGUUGCGGUGGAACGCAAAGGUGAGAGCAAUUUCUUCACGUCACAGAUGAUAAAGGAUUGCAUGAAGAAGGUGAUCGCAGUCACGCUUCACCAAUCGGUCAUGGUCGACCCGGAACUGGAGAUAAAAGCGUAUUACGCGGGGCACGUGCUCGGGGCCGCUAUGUUUUGGGUUCGUGUCGGCUCGCAAUCUAUCGUGUACACCGGAGACUAUAACAUGACGCCAGAUCGACAUUUGGGCGCCGCAUGGAUAGACAAAUGCAGACCUGACUUGUUGAUAUCAGAAUCGACUUAUGCGACUACGAUUAGGGACUCGAAGAGAUGCAGGGAGAGAGAUUUUCUCAAGAAAGUACACGAGUGUAUCGAUCGCGGUGGAAAGGUUUUGAUCCCCGUGUUCGCCCUCGGUCGUGCUCAGGAAUUAUGUAUACUCCUGGAAACGUACUGGGAGAGAUUGAACUUGAAAGUACCCGUUUACUUCGCGCUUGGCCUCACCGAGAAAGCCAACAAUUAUUAUAAAAUGUUCAUCACCUGGACCAAUCAGAAGAUCAAGAAAACUUUCGUGCAGCGAAAUAUGUUUGAUUUCAAGCAUAUAAAGCCGUUUGACAAAGCGUACAUCGACAAUCCAGGUGCGAUGGUAGUGUUCGCCACACCGGGGAUGUUGCACGCCGGUCUCUCCCUGCAAAUCUUCAAGAAGUGGGCGCCGAAUGAGGCCAACAUGGUCAUCAUGCCGGGUUUCUGCGUUGCGGGCACCGUCGGCCACAAAGUAUUGAACGGCAUGCGAAGAAUAGAAUUCGAGAACCGGCAGAUCGUGGAGGUGAAGAUGGCCGUGGAGUACAUGUCGUUCUCCGCUCACGCCGACGCGAAGGGAAUAAUGCAACUGAUACAAUACUGCGAGCCGAAGAACAUCAUACUGGUGCACGGGGAAUUCGCCAAGAUGGAAUACUUGAAGGAGAAGAUCAAGCAAGAAUUCGGCACUAACUGUUACAAUCCCGCGAACGGUGAGACCUGCGUUAUCACUACCACGUCCAAGGUACCCGUGGACGCUUCUCUCGCGCUGCUGAAGGCCGAGGCGAAGAGAUACUCGGCUCUACCGCCAGACCCGAAAAGACGGAGGUUACUUCACAGUGUUCUAAUGUUGAGAGAGGAUGGUGUGUGCCUAGUAGACGCGGAUGAGGUUGCGAAGGCUGCUGGUAUCACAAAGCACGUAGUGCGAUUCACAUCUACCGUGCAAGUGAGGGAUCCCGGUCCAGCGCACGCUACUACUUUAAAAUUGUUACAGCCGUUAAAAGAGAGACUGUCAGGCUGGACGGUCCAAUUAACGGACGGCUCUAUAUCGGUAGAGUCCGUGUUGGUAAAGGUAGAAGGAGACGAAGACGAUCAGAAGAGCGUCUACGUUUCGUGGACCAAUCAGGAUGAGGAUCUGGGUAGCUAUAUCCUCGGAUUUCUGCAAACAAUGCUGAAUUAGAGAAUCAGCAUUGAAUAGAAGCGAGAAGAAUCGUUAUCGAAGCGUGAGCGACACUUCUUCGAUCUGUGAUACUGUAAGAAUGAACAAUUAUAAAUCCAUACUUUACAUAGAAAUAUCGCGACUGUAUAAAACAAAAAUAUAUUUUCAAGCAAAGCAGCAUUGCGUGAACACUGCUAAAUGACGGUAUGAUGUUAUUUUCUAUGUUUCGAAAUGUUUGUACAUACUCGAAUAUGAAAAAAUAUAACUUGGAAAUAUAGUAUUAAAGAUAUGCGCCUUGUCACUUUUUUUCAAGCGGUUCUUUCAGUUUAUAGAUAUAUUAACUAUCUGUGGAAAGUCGUAUAUAGGAAUAUCCUGUAUAUAAAUGUAAUACAAAGGUUACUAUAUAAAGUAUAGGAUAAAUAAUUGCUCUAGUAGCUAGCUGUAAUGUAUCUUGUAAAAUAAACGUUUUCCCAAAUAUAUGAUUUAUUGAAAAUACAAUCUAAGAUGCGGAAAAUUGCUGUAUUGUCUAGCCAACGUUUCAAUAUCGAUCUGAAAGUAUAAAUUCUAAAAUAAAUUGCUUAAGAUUUAUAAGUGUAUAAUACUACUUAUAAGAUAAAAAAAUGGUCGUUUUUGUACAUUAUGUAUGUAUGUAUAUGUGCCAUA